UUCAAAAUGCAGCGGGAAUUAGUGAGUUUCCCGCUGUCUCCCGCGGUGCGCGUGAAGCUGGUGGCUUCAGGGCUCCAGACUGCCGAGGACAUCCUGGAGGUGAAGCCCUCUGAGCUCAGCAAAGAAGUUGGGAUAUCCAAAGAGGAAGCUUUAGAAACUCUACAGAUUGUAAGAAGAGAAUGUCUCGCAGAUAAACCAAGAUGUGCUGGUACUUCCUUGAGAGUCAAGAAGUGCACAGCCCUGGAACUUCUUGAACAGGAACACACCCAGGGCUUCAUAAUCACCUUCUGUUCAGCCCUAGAUAACAUUCUCGGGGGUGGAAUACCCCUAACGAAAACGACAGAAGUUUGUGGUGUACCAGGUGUUGGGAAAACACAAUUAUGUAUGCAAUUGGCAGUGGAUGUGCAGAUUCCAGAAUGUUUUGGAGGAGUGGCUGGUGAGGCAGUAUUUAUUGACACAGAGGGAAGUUUUAUGGUUGAUAGAGUGGCAACCCUUGCAACUGCCUGCAUUCAACACCUUCGCCUUAUAGCAGGAGCACACAUGGACGAAGAACAUCAGAAAGCCUUGGAGGAUUUCACUCUUGAAAAUAUUCUUUCCCAUAUUUAUUAUUUCCGUUGUCAUGAUUACACUGAGCUGCUGGCACAAGCCUAUCUCCUUCCAGAUUUCCUUUCAGAUCACUCAAAGGUGCAGUUAGUGAUAAUCGAUGGCAUUGCUUUUCCUUUCCGUCAUGACUUUGAUGAUCUGUCCCUUCGUACGCGGUUACUGAAUGGCCUAGCCCAACAAAUGAUCAGCCUCGCAAACAAUCACAGAUUAGCUGUUAUUUUAACAAAUCAGAUAACAACAAAGAUUGAUAAAAGUCAAGCAUUACUUGUUCCUGCAUUAGGGGACAGCUGGGGGCACGCUGCUACGAUAAGGCUUAUUUUUCAUUGGGAACAAACGCAAAGAUUUGCAACAUUGUACAAGUCGCCAAGCCAGAAGGAGUCCACAAUACCAUUUCAGAUCACACCUCAGGGAUUUCGAGAUGCUGCCAUCACUGCUCCUUCGUCACAGGCAGGAGCGUCUUUGAAUUUCCGGAAACGGUCACGAGAACAAGAGAGGCAUUAUGAGGCAGACAGUCACUGGAAAUAAUCAACACUGAAAAUAUUGGAAACAAGGACAUUUACUUUCAAGAUCACAGAAGUGUGGUUGCUGCAUCCCUGUAAUCCCAGCACUCAGAAGCUAAGGCAUGAGGAUUGCUGUUAGUUCCAGCCUAGCCUGAGCUGCACAACAAGACCCUGUGUCUAAAAAUAAAUAAAACAUCAUAAAAACCAAUAAUAUUCACAUUACUCUUAUAAUACGUUGAAUUUCAGUUUUGAGACAAAGCUGAAUUGUUUUAUUGCUUUAGAAAACAUACUGAGUUACAGGAGAGAAGCUGACUGUUCAUAAUAUGUAUUUUUAGUUAACAUCAGUGCCUAAAUUUACUGUUACUGUUAAAAUUUACAGAACAUUUUGCUCCCUUAGAAUCGAUUUUGGCAUAAAAAGAUGUUGACAAGAUUUCAUGUAUUUUUGACCACAGUCUAUUUCUUUGCUUGUUUUCAGUCCCAGUUCACCUUUGACACAGGCUUCUUAGUAUUUCAGGUGUCCAUUUGACUUCCAUUCUAUGUAGUGAGAUGGAAAGUGAGUUUUUAAGCAUUCUAUUACUUUAUGAUUUUUAUGUGUAACUUAAGAAAAUAUAAAAAUUAUUCUCAUUCAGAAGAAUGGAGGGAGAACUCAAGGUUAUAUCCUACCUACUUUCAAAAAUAAGAAAUUGCAAGAAAAAGGUCAAAAACCAAGCAGUUAUGUAAAGAGAAGUUAUGACAAAAGCCAUAUAAAUUGAGGCUCGAAAAGAAA